GCCCUUCUGCGCGUGCGUGCGCCCCUGAGGCCGGGAGUGGGGACCCCGUGCGUCCAGCUGCUUCCGGCGCGCCUCGCCCUCGGGUCAUCUCGGGCACCCGCUGCCUCGGGGCUGCGCGUUUACCUGCUUCACAGCUUUGGGCGAAGGUCCCCAGUGUUUCUGUGCGUCCUGAACAUCGUGAUCAUUCCUCAGACUCAAGGGAAGUGUGAACCUGCAAGGCCUUUUCUUAUACCGCCACAGGAUAAGGGGUCUCUCCCACACCCCACAAGCCUAAGGUUCUCAAACUUUCGUGCACAGAAGGCCCUCCUGCAGGGUGUCAGGUUCACCAGGUAAACACGCAGGGCGUCCCGUUAAAUUCAACUUCCAUGCAAACGACGAAUAAUUUUUUAGCGUAGAUUGCACGGAACACACUUAUACUAAGAAACAGCUCUGUUAGCUGGAAUUCGAAUUUAUGGGGUGCCCCAGAAGUUAUCUGUCAACCGCGCUCUGCAAGUAACAGAUAACUGGGGAGCUUGUUAGAAAUACGGAUGGCGGUCCCCUCCACUUCUGGUGAGCUGAGACCUGGAAACUGCAUUCAAAACUGUGGGCGCGUCUGAGACUCCAGCACUAGCUAUUCCUUCUGCUCGAGACUCCCUACCCUUCCCUGCCUGCCUUCCAGGCCCAGCUGUGGAUCACCACCUCCCAGGAGCCCUCCUGGACUCUGCCACCACAGCCAGGGCACUGGGCCGCUGAGGAGCUGUCAGGUUGUUUACCACCCAGGACUGCGAGGCCUCUUGUGGCUUUUCUCACUUGCCCUGCCAUCCCUGCGCUGUGGGGAUGGAUUCCCGUUGCGUGGUGGAGGUUAGGGCAGAUGCCCAAGGCCGCACAGCCAGGAAAUGGGGCCAAGACACAGCCAGGUCCAGACUGUUUCCUUCCUAAUCCAGGAAGAAAAGAUAAAGCCUCCUGCCUGAGGCUCACGUUGUUGUCCCUGCAGAGCCUGACUCAGCUCACUGGAUAAGCACUAUAUCCUGUGUCCCUCUCAGAGCGAGUCCACUCCUGCUAGGACCCCAGGCGCAGUGCCCCCACGUGCCGCCACCCAGUGUCCCCCAGGAGUUUCAGUACAUGCUCAUUUUCUGGUGUGGUGCUGUGGGGACGGGUGGUCCUAGGCUGCUGGGGAGCCUUGCAGGUAGGGGUCCGUCUCCCUGGAUCUGGAUGUGCCAGGCCCUCGGGGGGCUGCUGACACAGUUGAGCCUCCCCGACCUGGAUGGAGCAGGAGCAUCGCAACACGUGAUUGCGGUGUCCGAGUAGGCUGCGGCCGCCCCCUGAGCGUUUUAGGAGGUGGCCGUACUCGGAGAAGGGACUGAGCAGGGCGGGACCGGUGGGGAGCUCGCGGGAAGGGCCGCGGGAGCAGUCGGGGCACCUGGAGCCCGGGCUUGCUCUGGGGCUUUGGGGACGGAAAGAGGAACCCAGGGUCGGCAGCUGCCGCUAGCCACGCUUCAGAUCCUGGGUGUGUUUCGGCAAAGUGUUUGUGCACAGAGUCUGUUCGCAGGUGGGCUGGCCCGCCCCACGGGGAUGUGGGUGGGGGCUCGGGUGGGUCACCCACCGCCGAGCCUGUUUGUUUUCAUCUGUAGAGGGGGCUCAGGACCUCCAUCUUCCUGAUGGGCCUGGAAGGCAGAGGCCCUGAGCCGAUGGGCACCAGCCACGUGCCCUGGUAAAGUCCUCCGCCUCAAGGAGCCUCGCUUGUCCUGUAGACGGGACAGUCCCAGGGGCUCCCUCCCAAGUCGUUGGGAGAAGUAGGGGAGCCCGCUCGUGGAAGCACGAGGACACACAGUGUCACAGUAACCGCAGCUGGCAGCUGCCAUCGAGGCGCUGCGCCUAUGUGGGGUCUGCUGACCUGCUGUCCCCCAGGUGUCCUUCCCUCUCCCCGUUUUCUUCCACAGCGGCUUUGCUGAGAUACAGUUCACUCCCUUUGAGUUCAUGUAGGUGGUUUCUAGUACGUUUGUGCAACUGUCAUCGCUAUCUAACUCCAGAACAUUCCAUCACCACAGAAGGAAACCUGUCCUCAUUAGCAGUCACAUACAUUUCUACCGCAGUUCCUGUAAUCCACUGACCCACUUUCUGUCCCUGUGGCUGUGCCCGUUCUGGACGUUUCACAUAGAUGGAAUCAUGCCCCAUGUGGCUGUAUGUGUUCGGCUUCUCUCCUGGGUUUGACGUUGUCGGGCUCUGUCCCCGUUGUGCCGGUGGUCAGCCCUUUACUCCGUUUUCAGGCUGAGUGAUGUUCCCCUGUGUGGACGGACCGCUCGGUGUGUGUCCAUUCAUCAGUGGAUGGACACUUGGGACGUUUCCACCUUUUGGCUGUCCUGAGUCCUGCCCCUAUGGACACGCGUGGACAGAUUUCGUGUGGACACGGGCUUCCAGUUUUCUGGGCGCACACCUGGGAGUGGAGUGGAGUUGCUGGGUCACACACGACUGUUCUGUGACAUUUCAUCCCUCCUUCCUGGGAGUUGGUGGCCUGACUGGCAGAGUCUCAAAGGCAGCCUCUUUUAUUUGUCGCUUGUUUUGUUUGAUCAGACAGAGGUUGCACUCUUGGAGGAACAAACAGGGCUGUGUCUGUCUGUGCCCGGCGGACAGUGGGAGCUUCCGCAGCCUGGGGCGGGCCACGCGGGCCAUGCAGUCCUGGCAUAUGGUGUGCGCGGGCGGAUUUGGAGUUGGCACCGUGGGCCUGCCUGUGGGCACCCUACGACCUCCGCCAUGCGGUCCACUUCUCGUGGCUGCCACCAGCACCCGGCUUCAGCACAUUUGCCGAGAUUGGACUGAGCUUAAGACACACUGUGGUGGGCGAGGCGCUCGCGUGCCCUCUGAAGGGCCCAGCCGACAGCAGCGGGGCCCGUGGGGCCGAGGACUGAGCCAGGAGGCACGUCACGAGUGAUGAAAGCCCCAGGGACUUCAGUGCUCUCGUACAUGGGGAUGGGACAGGAGGGCCUGGCCUGCUAUGAGUCGCCGGCGGGGCCAGGUUCUGGGCGGUCGGUGGCGCCCGAGGCCUCCGGAACCUGGUCGAGGUGUUCUGUGGUUUAUCUCUGACGUCACCCAAAACAGUCCUGAACAAGGGACUGGCAUGCGAGGCACACGUAACAUUAAAUCUUUCAGAAGCUGCGUUUUUGGAAAGUACAGAGAAGCAGGUGAAGUUAACCUUAACGUGUUUCGUUAGCUGAGAGCACACGAUGUUUGCACUUCGACACCUAGUCGACACGAAAGAACUUAGGAGGCGGUUCGUGUUCUUUCUUCCACGUUAAUCCCGGUGACCCAGCAUGCGUUUCCACACAUGGCACAUCUCAGAGGCGAGCGGGGCGGGCUCAGUGGCAGUCUAAACUUCAUGCAGACCGAGUCAGUAGGAUGUGAGUGGGCAUGACCGGUGAUGCAUCUUACCCAGGAUGAGCCCUCGCAUCCGGCACGCACCUGGGACGGACUCCUCGGCCCCCCCGGGCCUCCUGCGGCUGACGGAUGAUGCUCUGCUCCGAUCUCUGUCUCCCACAGUCGGAGCCGAGCUGAGGAUGGAGCCCCUGGAGGUGGAGCAGCGUGGGGACGAGAAGGCCGGGAACCCGGAGCGAGAGCCUGUGCCGUGGCAAGCCCUCCCGGUCCUGUCGGAGCAGCAGGCCAAGGACGUGGAGCUGGUGCUGGCCUAUGCUGCACCCAUCCUCGACAAGCGCCAGACCUCGCGCCUGCUCAAGGAGGUGUCAGCUGUCCACCCACUGCCCGCCCAGCCUCACCUCAAGAGGGUGCGGCCAAGCCGUGACGCCAGCCACCCGCACGCGCUGGAGAUGCUGCUGUGCCUGGCAGGGCCGGCCGCGGGCACGCGAUCGCUGGCCGAACUCCUCCCGCAGCCGGCCGUCGAUCCCCAAGGCCUGGGGCAGCCCUUCUUGGUGCCCGUGCCCGCCCGGCCGCCCCUGACCAGGGGCCAGUUUGAGGAGGCGCGCGCCCACUGGCCCACGUCCUUCCACGAGGACAAGCACGUGACCCGCGCCCUGGCCGGGCGGCUCUUCUCAGCGCAGGAGCGGACGGAGAUGCAGGCCCACAUGGAGCGGGCCGUGCAGGCCGCGCAGCAGGCGGCUGCCAGGGGCCUGAGGGCCGUGGGGGCUGUGGUGGUGGACCCGGCCUCUGGCUGUGUGCUGGCCACUGGCCAUGACUGCAGCAGCGCGGCCAGCCCCCUGCUGCACGCCACCAUGGUGUGCAUUGAUCUGGUGGCCCAGGGACAGGGCCGUGGCACCUACGACCUCGGGCCCCACCCCGCCUGCUCUUUCACCCCGGCCUCCGCCCCCCAGGGCGUCCGAGUGGGCUCUGUGCGCAAGCUGGACAAGGACACGGACGAGGACGGUCUCCCCUACGUGUGCACCGGCUACGACCUCUACAUCACCCGCGAGCCCUGCGCCAUGUGCGCCAUGGCCCUGGUGCACUCCCGCGUGCAGCGCGUCUUCUACGGGGCGCCCUCCCCCGACGGCGCCCUGGGCUCCCGCUUCCGCAUCCACGCCCGGCCCGACCUCAACCACCGCUUCCAGGUGUUCCGCGGCGUGCUGGGCGCCCAAUGCCAGCGGCUGGAUCCCGACACGUAGGCGCCGCGGCCCCGUCUCCUCUCGGGUUCUCUCAGGCCGGCUCCCACCUCGUCUGGGGCCUGGGUCCUGCGUGCGGCUUCCAGGGACCUUCACACCACCCAGCCCAGCAGCCCCGCCGUUCCCGCCAGCGCACAGGGCUGCGUCUCCGCCAGACUGCGCGUUCCACUGGGCCGGAGCGUGGCGGUCCUGCCGGGCCUCGCGGACGGACACUCAGGCCUCACUUCUCCGGCCGCCUGUACCCCGAGCCCACCAGGAUUGCGUCCCCUUGCUGUCAGCUCUGACCUGUGAAAAUAAACACGACCCCGAAACCUG